AAUCCCGUUGACCCACCUACCGCAUGGUCUUUUAUAAAAACUCAAAUCAUCUUCUCCGCUCCUCUUCUCCUCAAAAGAUCCUGCAACUUUCAAAAACCCUAGAUUCACCAAAAAGAAUCAAUUCUCUCCGGCGAUAUUCUCCGAGUAAAAUUCGCGUCACGGUAAGAUGAACGCACAAGAGUUGAGAGCAACACGUGGCAUUCGACUGAGGAAAACGUCGAUUGAUCUUAAUGUGGCGCCCAGAGAUCAAGAAGGGACCUUUGCUCCUGGUGGUAACCUUCAAGCGAGGCUUUUACCUUCUUCUCAGCCUGUUCCGGAAAUGAUUGAUGUCGAUGCUAUUGAAGAUGAUGUUGUUGAAUCAUCCGCUAGUGAUUUUGCUGAAGCUAUAAGCAAAUCAACAGGUUCACGUCGGAGGCGUUUGACGGUUGGUGUAGAGUCAGGUGGUACGACUAACAAACGGAGAAGGGUUCCUCCUAAUCAACCUGUCAUCGACUGUGAGAAUGUCCCUGACACCUCAAAGGCUCCUCCUCCGCCAGAGGAGCCAAAGUUUUCAUGUCCAAUAUGUAUGUGUCCGUUUACUGAGGAGAUGUCAACCAAGUGUGGCCACAUCUUCUGCAAGGGAUGUAUAAAGAUGGCGAUAUCUAAGCAAGGCAAGUGCCCAACUUGUAGGAAAAAGGUGACUGCAAGAGAGCUGAUUCGAGUAUUCCUUCCGACCACCAGAUGAUUUUGGUACAUCAACAUUGCCAAUCAUCACCUUGACAAUGGUGUUUUGUCACAGGUUUAAUUGUUUGUCAGACUUCAUCCUCAAAUUCGCGUUGGAACAUUGAAGGGACUUUUGUUUGAACAUUUCACUUUGUUGGAAGACAAAGUUGAUUAUUCAAGAAGGCCCUGUCAUUUAGUUGGAUAUGAUUUGGUAAUGUCAAUUUAUAAGCAACUCUUUGUUUCCUAGUUGCUGUUGUCUUAUGUAAUAUAGGUUUCUGCAAACCUCUCAGGCAAUGCCUCUCUGUUAUAGAUGAAAAUUAUACAUGGGAAAACUUUAUAA